AUGCUUAAGGCCAAUAAAGCUCAGAAGUCAAACGGAAACUUAAAAUCCGAAAACAAUGAUACGAAUGUAUCGGUGAUUCCUACGAAAACAACAUCGCCCAGUCAGAACAUACUGCUGAAUCCUAAUGACCUAGACAGUAGUCCUUCAUGUAGAAUUUGUUACAACGGGAGCAGUAAAGAAAAUCUUCUAAGACCUUGCUGGUGUAGAGGUACCAUCGAAUACGUUCAUCGCAACUGCUUGGAAAGAUGGUUGGAGACCACCAACAACCAGUCGUGCGAACUGUGUCACUAUUACUUCCUAACAACAAGGUCAAGAAAGAGUCUUUGGGAUUGGUGCAGAGAAGACGAUACUAAAACGGAUCGGCGCAACGCCAUCGGCGAUCUCCUAUGCUUCCUUUUUCUCACGCCCUUAGGCUUUAUGACAGUUUGGAUGUGCACCGAAGGCGCCAUUUACUACCGAAAAGUGAAUGGGUCCCUGGAGAUGGUUGCGAUGAUAGGUCUGGUGAUCUGUCUCUUGCUGGCCUAUUUCUCGUGGAUCGUUCUGUGCGUCAGGUACCACUUCACGAUCUGGUUUCGAUGGCGGGAUCGCCACUUUAACGUGCGAAUCAUCGAACAACCGAAUGAUCGUGAAACUAGGAACACUAGUGAUGUUGCCAUCGACAUGCACAGCAAUCGCAUCGUGGAGCCCCUUCUCCCCCUAAAGCAGCAGGUGGUUUGCAUCGAGCCCAACGAAGUGUCUGGAAUGCCUGAAAACACCACCGCACCUCUCCUGGAGCAGCACUACCACCUGAUUUCUCGUGACGGGACUGGUAAAUAA